AGCAGGCAGCAAAAUAUAGGACUGAUAUUUUUUCCUCUGGAGAAAAAGGAGAAAUCUGUACAAACUCUGCCAGGGUUAAUUUGUGACCAUGACAUCUGAAGCAGCCUCUGAUAUUGAAAUAAAUCAGUCCACACAGAUAAAGGGUCAGGGUGAUGAACUGGUGACCCCUGAUGAAAAAGAAGAAUGUACAGAAGGAAAUACAGAAGUGACCGAUAGCUCAGAGAAUAAAAAUCCUGAAGAAAAAUCAGGCGGAGAUGAAAGCGAAUUGCCUUGCUCAACUAAUGUUGGUGAGAAAAGUCCAGGAAAACAGAAAAAAGAGAGAGAUGGAUCAGAAAGCAAAGGAAUCUCCCGUUUUUUACCACCAUGGCUGAAGAAACAAAGAUCCCUAAGCCAAACUGACUCAAAAGAGAAUGCUGAAAAAAGCAUACCAGAUGAAAAAAAUAAUACAGAUGCUCCAGCAGAAGUAAACGAGCUGAAGGAGGAGGAGGAAGUAAAGGAAGGAAGUGUCCAAAUAGCCGAAUAUACUGAAGCAAAAUCUGAAGAGGAGGGCGGUGCAGAGACUCAGCCUGCCAAAGAAGAAAACAAAGUAGAAGAAAUACAAAAACUUGAAGAUGAGAAAGAGCUAAAAAGAGGCGAAAAGGAAGUAAAAAUUGUGCAGCCUACUGAAGUAAAGAAAGAGGUUUCCCAUAAAUCUCACAAGAAGGUGAAAACUGUAGUAUGUAAAGUGACAUUAUUGGAUGGGACCGAAUACAGUUGUGACAUAGAGAAACAUGCAAAAGGACAAGUAUUGUUGAACAAUGUAUGUGAACAUCUUAACCUAAUGGAAACUGAUUAUUUUGGAUUGAUCUACAGAGAUAAUACUGACCAAAAGAACUGGCUGGAUCCUACAAAAGAAAUCAAGAGACAAAUUAGAAGCUCUCCCUGGCAGUUUGCCUUCAAUGUAAAGUUUUAUCCUCCUGAUCCUUCUCAGCUAACUGAAGACUUAACAAGAUAUUUCUUAUGCCUUCAGCUUCGUCAGGAUAUUGCGUCUGGUCGUCUGCCAUUCUUUGUAACUAGUGCACUUCUUGGUGCGUACACUCUGCAAGCAGAGGUGGGGGAAUAUGACGCAGAUGAGCACAGUGCUGAUUACAUUAGUGACUUUCAGUUCACACCCAAUCAGACAAAAGAGUUGGAAGACAAAGUUGUGGAGUUACAUAAAACACACAGGGGCCUAACACCAGCCGAGGCAGACAUACAAUUCUUGGAAAAUGCCAAAAAGUUGUCAAUGUACGGUGUAGAUCUGCAUCAUGCAAAGGAUUCUGAAGCUGUGGACAUCAUGCUUGGAGUGUGUGCAAACGGGCUGCUUAUUUACAAGGAUAGGCUUCGAAUAAACCGUUUUGCAUGGCCAAAAAUAUUAAAAAUCUCCUACAAAGCGCAGCAACCUUUUACCAUUAAAGUCAGACCUGCAGAGCUUGAACAGUUUGAGAGCACCAUUGGUUUCAAGCUUCCUAACCACCGAGCUGCAAAGAGGCUAUGGAAAGUUUGUGUGGAGCACCAUACAUUCUAUAGACUUUCAUCUCCUGAGCAGCCUCCGAAGGCAAAGUUCUUGACAUUGGGGUCAAAGUUUCGUUACAGUGGCCGCACCCAGGCCCAAACCAGGGACGCUAGCACAAGAAUAGACAGACCUGCACCAUAUUUUGAACGAACGUCCAGUAAACGUGUUUCAAGGAGUCUAGAUGGAGCCCCUAUUGGUAGCAUCACAGACCAGAGCCUUCUGAAGGAUUUCACCAUCAGUGAAGCGGGCACUGCUGUAGAUGGCGUUGUUACUGGCUCAGAGGAUGCAGCACAAGUAACUGGGCAGGAGACUCCAGCAAAAUAUGCUCAAGUAGCACAAUCCAAAGACACAAAGGGAAAAACCUUGAGAAUAGACGGGGGAAAUAUUUAUAUCAGACAUAGCAAUUUAAUGUUGGAGGAUCUGGAUAAGUCACAGGAUGAAAUAUUAAAGCAUCAGGCUAGCAUUAGUGAGCUCAAGCGCAAUUUCAUGGAAUCCACACCUGAGCCACGGCCAAACGAAUGGGAAAAACGGUGUAUCACUCCCGUGUCCCUGCAGACACAUGGGAGUUCAGAUAAAAUUCAGACCAUAGUGGAGGACAAAAAGCAGGCAGAGUCUGAUGCUAGAGAUAACACAUUUACAGAAGAAGCCAAGUCUCCACUAAAUGGAGAAGUUGAAAGUCCACCAGAUACAAAUGGGCAAAUACCAGAAACUGAAACUAUAGAUAAUAAAGAUGUCGAGUCACUGUCUUCAUCAGAGAGUAGUAGUGAGGAAGAACAUGAAGAAGUGGAAUACAAAGCUGAAAUCAGGUUAUCGGAACAUGUUAUACAAGAAGAGGUUGAAGAACGUGUUGAAGAAAUAAAGGACAUGAAGCCAGAUGAAGAUGACCACAUUGCUGAAGAGCAUAAAGCGGUAGUAACCACUACACAUUUAGAGAAAAUAACAGAAGUUGUAUCUCAGGAAAUGACAGUCAGCACAUUUGAAUCUGAGAGUGUUAUUACAGAGACUCGAGUAGUGUUUGAUGAAGAACAGCACAAAAUUAAUGGAGAUCUUUCUCACAUUGAUGUUGAUUCUUCAGCACAAAUUAUUUGUUGUUCAGAGCCACCAGUCGUAAAAACAGAAAUGGUCACAAUUUCGGAUGCUGCGCAAAGGACUGAAAUUUCUACAAAAGAAGUACCCAUUGUUCAAACUGAGACUAAAACAAUCACAUUUGAAUCUGCAAAGGUGGAUGGUGUUGGUGAAGAAGAACCUGGGGUAUUGCUGAGUGCCCAAACAAUCACAUCUGAUUCUGUCCUUACUACUACAACAACACAUAUUACUAAGACAGGAAAAGGUGGAAUAUCUGAAACAAGAAUAGAAAAGCGCAUUGUUAUCAGUGGGGAUGCUGACAUUGACCAUGAUGAGGCAUUAGCACAAGCAAUAAAAGAAGCCAAAGAACAACACCCUGAUAUGUCCAUUACUCGUGUUGUAGUACACAAGGAGACCGAACUUACUGAGGAAGGAGAAGAGGAUUAGUCAAAAGAAGGAACAUUACAAAAUAUGAAGGAGUAUGAAGAUACCAAGCUUAUGUUUCUAUGAACCGAGCAGGUUUCGCAAGCCUGCUUGGACUUUGGAAGAUUAAAAUGCCAACAUACAACCUCAGCUUAACAUCUCUGACCUUUAUGGUUUCAUUUCCUCGUGCUUGUUUCAUUUUUAUAACCACUUCUUAACAUUCAUAGCUUUUUAGUAGAGUUUUGUUUGCACAACUAUUUGACAUUUUUGUAAUUCUUGACCGUAUGUUAGUGAUUAAUACUCUGGUGAAAAAUACUUCGUUAAGGUGAACAAAGAAUUCAUAAUUUUUGUGACUAAUGUAGUUUUUAUAUUGUCUUAAUUGCAGAAUUACAAAUUAUUCAGGUAAAUAAAAAUAAUAAUUAGAUUAAAAAAAAAAGGAAAAAAAAAACAUUUUUUACAUAUUUCUUACAAUUGUAAUAUCAAUUUCACUAUAUUUGGUGUUUUGUACCAAUAAACUAAAUUUUUCUUAGUGCUUUCAAAUAGCAUACGGAUUUGCAUUUCAAUAUGUUUUAAGACUAUUUUACAAUUUAUACUGAGGUUUUUAAUUCUCAGUUUUAGAGAAUAGCCAUGCAAGGGUUCUGCUAUCCAAGUGUGCUUUUGAAUUGCCAUACCAAGGCUGCCCUUUCUCCAUUCCUUUUAGAGAGAAAUAAAGAUGAAAUAAAUACACAUACAACAUUCCAGGAAAGGAAACACAAAAAACUGUGUCUCCUUCCCAAAAAAAAUGAACAUAAUGUUUGAUAGUUUUUUUUUGUUGUUUUGUUUUUUUACUUUUUUGUGUCUAUACAGUUUUUUGAAUUUACAAUUGUAAAACUCCUGGUUUCUCUAUCUGUCUACGUGUUCAGACUGACAUGACUCUAAUUACUCAGAGGUCUAUAUCAAAUAUUUUAUGUAAACAGACUCAUACAGGUUUCUAGUUGUUCACAGUAUGUCUGUGCUCCAUUUUGUAAACAAUAAAACCCAUUACUAGGUUUGGUUUGAAACCUGUAAUGCAUAUUUCUUUAUUUACAGUUGACCCAGUGUAUAGUCAGAAUGCCAAAUUAGAUUUAUAACGUCUUUAAAUUGUAUUAAAUACACUUGCUUUCUGUAAUACUGUUAAAAAAAAUAAAGUUUGUUCUAUUCAUA